AUGGCCAGUAUAAUGAAGCUGAGGUCCCCUAAAGAAACCCUAGUCAGUCCUGGGCCUGCAGACCUGAGCUUAAAGACAGUGCUCUCUCUGCAGGUGUACCUGGCAGCAGGCACUGUGUACGGACUGGAGAGCCAGCUGACUGAGCUGGAAGAUGCCGCCCGCUGCAUCCACAGUGGCACUGACGAGACCCAACUGGCAGAUCUGGAGGACCAGGUGGCCACAGCUGCAGCCCAGGUCCACCAUGCUGAACUCCAGAUUUCUGAUAUUGAGAGCCGGAUUUCAGCCCUGACCAUUGCAGGAUUAAACAUAGCACCAUGCGUGCACCUCACAAGAAAACGGGAUCAGAAGCAAAGGAACCAGGUACAAACUAUAGACACAUCAAGGCAGCAGAGGAGGAAAUUGCCUGCUCCACCGGUGAAAGCUGAAAACACUGAGGCAUCUUCAGUGAACACCAUUAAAACAUUUAAUCGCAACUUCAUUCUCCAAGGCUCCUCGACAAAUAGGGCUAAAGAAAGGAAAAGCACCACCAAGGAUUUGAUGGAGCCAGCUCUGGAGUCAGCUGUGAUGUAUUGACGCCAUGGAACUCUACUGCCAGUGAUCCACUGCCUCCGGCCGUACACGACAGUGCCUUGACCCAACAGCCAUCAAGUACUGUACGGAUUUCCACCUGAGGAGAAGGCCUGGGGAGGUGCCAGUGCCCCACUGCAUAGGGCUGUCCUGAUACCUCACCCAGAAAGCAGUCUCAGACUUCAGCAUUGUGGUCUUGCCCACUCUCUGCCUUAGGCUCUCAGGGGAAUCCAAGACAGAAAACCAGGACGCUGGCUUCCAACAGCAGAGCUCCAUGUUCAAAGGAUGCAUCAUUUCCUUAUUCGCUUUGCUACUGUGUGUUCACUUUAAGAUCUUUUUUUUUUUUGUAUCCCUUUGAUUCAACUAGAAUUCCAUAUCAACAAUUUGUCCAAAGGAAAAUUGUUGGAGGGGAGUGGAGGGAAGGAAGAUGGGGAUUAUUACUUAAUUUCCAUUAAUGCUUAUUAAUUCUUCACAAGCAUCUUUGUCUUACAAAUGCUAAACGAAAAGAGAGUCCCUCCAGUUAGUGCUAGGGACAGUCUUAUUUGGGAACCACUUAACCAUCAAGCCUGCAAAUCUCUCUUCAGUCACUUCCUUCCUGCUAAGCUCUUAGCCCACCAUACUACCAGUCAUUCCCAUUGCUUUGCAGUCACAAGCCACCAGAUGGAAAGCUCUGAUUCACUCAUGCCAUGCCCAAGUAUAUCUGCAACAACAUCUUGUUAAGAGUUUAGGGUUCUUCCAUGGGCUUACUGAGAACUUCCCCACUCUGAAAGGGAGAGGGGCUUCAGAAAAGCCACCAUUGGCUCAGCAUUAGGGCACUGUCCUGCAGAAUAAAACCACAUGAGAAAAACAUUUUUGUGGGUACACAUGUGAAUAUUUAUUCAUAAUGAGAAAUUAUAUCAUACUACAAAAUUUUAAGAGCUCAUACCAAAAAAUCACAGAAAAUUUUAAAAUAACAUAUUUGUUAAAUUAACUGCCUGGCAUUACAUGAGAAAAUUUUUGUCCUCCAAAAUCUAUUUCCCAAUAAGUAUUCAUCAAAGUAGCAAAAUGACCUUAAUGAUAAAGAUAAUUAGGGAAUAGCCUUAGAUAACUCACAGGUAUGAAAAAAACAAGGGACAAACUGCAUUUAAUGGACAUAAGCGUUGACACUGACUCCACAUCUGUGGUCUGUUUGGACCUGUCUCAAAUGCAUAACUAUGGAAAGUGUGUUUAUAAAAGCAAGUGGACUAGAUUUCACUCAAUUAAUUGAAUGCUAACUUUUUUUUUCAAAUGUUUGCUCUGAAUCUAAGGCAGAAAGUAAAAGAUGGAAGGUAAGAGAACAGUAUGGUUAAUGUGUACUAAGUGCCUGCUCUGAAGGAGGCAAUGUUCUUCCCAUUUUAAUCCAUAUAGCAACCUAAUCCAGUAGGUAUUCCCAUUUUUCAGAUUUGGUUACUGAGGGCCAGAGAUAUUAAUUUGCCAAAGCCACACCUUUAAGCUAAUUGUAAUUGGAAUGCCUCACAAAAGCCUGUGUUGUUUUCAACUUCUGUGUUCUUUUGCUGCUACAUGCAUUUUCAGACCUGAUUUGCUGCCAAUUUUUGUGCCAUUAUCCACUCAUGAUGGGGGUCUACGUAUCUUCCAAUAAUAUUCCUUGCUGAUGCUGUGUAUGUGUUAUCCAACAGAAAUAACUCCUUUGAAAUAAGUAAAUUUUUGGCUUUUUGUUCUGUUGGUGUGAUUCAAAGCAAAACACAUUUUAAAAACACAACAAAAAAAGAUCUGACUUCCAAAUAGAAUGUUUUUCUUAAGAGGCAUGAAAAGCAACUAUUGUUGUGUUACAGUGUUAAAAUAUUCCAUUUUCUUUGACAAAAUGUGUACUGUGUAAGCCUUGCAAAAAAGAAAAAAAAAAAGAAGAAGCCUGCUCUGUGGCAUUUGAAUUUUUAUAAAGGUCUCCUUGUGCCAAAUAAGUGCAAAGAUUUAAUUUACUAUUAAAAACCAUAAGCAUAUGUUAUAGUUCCAGAAAAAUUAUUUUGUCAUCAAGUGAUUUUGAUCUUUAGUGUCAAUAUUUAUAUUUAGAUUAAUUUUUAUAAAUGAAAAUAUUUUAAUGGUUUAAGAAAAUGAGGACAAUAGGAUAAUAGCUUUGAUGACUUCUGAAAGUUAUGCUUCCCUUCCUAUUAUAUGCACAUUGCCAAGAAUUACUGUCAAGAGAAAUGAUAAAGAAGUAAAAGUCAUUUAUGAAAAUAAA